GUCUCCAUCUGCCUCGCUGACAGUGCUCUCCCUGUCUCUGUUGGGCAGCCUCAUUCUCUCCUCCAGGAUGUCGGGCCCUCUGACCAAUGCGGUCUUCUUCCUGCUCCAGCUGGCGCUACUGCUCUCCCCAGCGCAGCGUCUGCAAGCCAAGCCACUGUCCAGCGUUCACGGAGGACGGAAUGCGGACGGCUCUGCUGGGGCCUUGCGCCUCCGCAGGGAGCUCCGUGAUCCGCUGCCUUAUGAGGCCCAGAUGAUGUCAUACCCGCCGGUGGAAGGGCAGGCCAAUGAGCUCCUCUACCAACCGGAAGGCUGGAGGGGGCAGGGUUUAGGACAGGCCCUGCAGCGUCUGGUUGAGGACGACCGCAGGCGAGAUCAGGAAGCGGCCUAUUUGGCAGGCUUGCUCCGCCUCCUCAGUGAAGCCGAAAGUAAUUCCCAGAGGGCUGCAAAAGGAGACGAAGAGGAGGAGGAGGAGGAGGAGGAAGGAGGUGACCUCCAGGGGCCCUACCCUCCCGAUUACGAUGAGACGGAGCAGGGCGUCAGGAUGACCAAGCCUCAGGCUGCCUGGCAGGGCCUGCUGGACCCCCAGCUCGCCCAGGCCCUGCUGAGGCGCUACAGGCAGGAGAGGCUGCUGCAGGCCAGGCUCAACCCCGGUGGCAACAGGCUGCAGGAGAGCCGCGGAGACGCAGCGGCAGAGGAGAAGGAGGAGGAGCUUCUCAGAUACCUUGUUGGGCGCGUACUGUCCAGCCUCGCAUCUGACUCCCCCCAGAACCCGCCCGCCCGCCUGGCCAAGCGGGACCUGGGGGCAGUUAGCGGGGGGGCCACGGGGGCGGUGCCGCUGAAAAGGUCCCGCCGCUCGGUAGAUUCUGUGCCGCUUCAGCCGCCCAACUCUGAACCUUCGCUGCUUAGAGUGAAGAGGCUGGAUGAAGAGGAGGACAAGGUGGCAGGGGGGGCGGCUGGGGGGGUCCUCCGGGCCGCUCACACGGGGCUGCAGAGGAUGAAGCGCAUCGACAGCGACCUGCCGCAGGUGAAGCACGGCCGCAGCAGACGGGCUUUGACCUACGACCCCAACGUGCUGGCCCAGCGCAUCCUACAGUACCUGCCGGAGUAGAGACGGCAAGACGGAAAUAUGCGGCUUACCUAAAUUCCACACGCAUACACAUAGUACAUUGGCGUACACGCAAGGUAUCAGCUUACAAGGAGACAGUCAAAGCUGUCUGCUCCUGGAAAAGUUGCCUCUGUAUUCGUUUUCGUGUCCCCCCCCCCCCCCCCCCUCCGGAAUAAAUGUAUCUCACAAUCUCCAGUGAAGUUUAAACUCGGCAAGUGGGUGAGAAAUAACUGCGAAGUGACUGUCGAUGGGCGCGGAGCUAAUAUUGACGUGGCAGCGGAGCGGCAGCUGUUUAAAGAGAUUUGUGGAAACCAGCGAGCUUCUGAGUCCAUUAGCGUGCUUGUCAGAUUAAGUUGAGUGCUGUACAUCCCGUCAGGCUUUUCCUUUUAAACGUAACACACAAGUGUUUUUCUGUUCUAUUCCACUCUGGGGCGGAGCGGAGGAGACCCAGACCUGUAGACCUGUGUACUGACUGCUCCAGAAAGAUCGCAUAAUUCAUGAUAAAAUUCCACCUUGAAAGAGCUGUGCCUGUGGCAUCCUUCUUUCGUUCCCUCACGACCGUGAAACGAUAACCUUGGCUUUAAACGACGCAGUUACGGAGUCACGUGUCACCGGCGACGACGCCUGAGGGAGCGCGACACGAGCGGCCGCGGACCGUCCCGUCGUACGAAGAAUUGGACAAAAUUUUCUUCGGAAGCAAAGAAAUCCCGACACAUGCGGCAAACUGCUGGUCGUACCUUAAAAGCUCCUGAUCGCGAGUGUGUGCUCUUGUGCAUUUGUUUUGCUCUGAUAAUUGUGCGGAGACACGGGGAAGAUCUCUGUGAUGCAGAAGAAGUUCGCUCCAUACCAAUUAUACCACCACAUCGUGUCCCUCCCUACGGCGUGAAACCAGGCUGCGCUCAACUUAUCCUCAAUAGGAGCACGAUGGAGGCGAGGGGCCGUGAGAACCGCUCUGCUCGCACUGCUCGUAGCGUCAGGCUGGACGCGCAGCUGCCGUUCAGCACAGUGCAGUGCAAAGGCAAAUCACCCAUCCGUCCAUUGAGGAUGAGCAGGGGGACGCCGAUGUCCCAGCGGCUUUAUGAGAACACCUCGAUUGCUCGAUCAAACUGAUCCCAGCAUCCUCUUCGGUCCCCAGAGCAGGCCGCUGUAUUGCAGUGCGGCUUUGCCACGUGCCACGUGUCAUUGGUGUGUAUCCUCUCGGCGAAGUGCAUACACUAGUCAUCACAGCACACGAAGGUCCUGUUUCUUAUUGACCGCCAGUAGAUGAUUGAAAGUGAGCGCUUUCACUGAUGUUAUUUUUGUGCUCGCUUUCGCCUUGCCGCGUUAUGUUACGUUUCACUAGCAGAAUGACACAUGGACUGUAAUGCUGGAUUGUGUUUGAACAAGUCGAAGGAUUAUGCGGCUUGAUGACGUUUAAAGGUUAUCGCUGAGAUGGUCCGCACAGCUGUGGACGAACAGCCCCCACCGCCACCUACACAAAA